AUGAAAGUAUUACUUGUUGCUACUUUUAUAAUUAUUGUCAUUCUCUUUAUUCAGGCAAACGGUGCUGUUUAUGAUAGGAGACAUGAAUAUAGAAGAAAAUCAAUUCCAGAUUGGAAAUAUAAUCGUUUGGUAGAAGAAGAUUAUUUUAAUAAAAAAAAAUAUUAUGAUUUAUAUCCUCGAGAAGACUUUGAGCCCACUGAUGACAGCUAUGAAAGAAUAAAAGUAGAAAAAGUAAGAAGAUAUCCUGGUUAUUAUGAUUCAAUAAAUCAUGUAAGAGGUAGAUUCUAUAAUAACAAUUAUUGGAAUGAAAAUAGACAUAUUGGUAGAAGACGCAACUAUGAUGAAUAUGAUUUUAGAAAAAAUAGUGACCAACAAAAUCCCAAUCAAUUUUGGGAAAAUGGAAAAAAAUAUGAAGUAAUAAACGGAAAGACAUAUGAAGUUUUUGACGCAGGCACCCACUAA